AACAUCCCGUGCAUAUCACAUUGAAUGACCAUGACCGCAGCUCUCACAAUGAUCGGCGCCGUGCUUCUCAGUGUUGUGAGCGCGCGACCUGCGCUGAUGCCAGAUCAGUACGCGCGAGGAGUGGACUGGUUGAUUCGGUAUGGGUAUUUAUCAUCUCCAGACUCUCUAACUGGUCGACUUCAGACCAGGGAGGGUAUUGAAGAAGCUGUCCGUAAAAUGCAGUGUUUUGCUGGUAUUGAAGAGUCUGGCAAACUAGAUCAUGCCACUUUAGAACUGAUGGCCAGACCUCGCUGCUCUCUGCCAGACACCAUCAGCUCUGAGGAUCUGUUGAAAGGAAAGAGAAGAGGUAAAGGGAAGCUGAAGAGAAGACUGAGCUGGGACAAGACUGACAUCACCUGGAGCGUGCAAGAGUUUCCCUCUCCUUCCAUGUCUCCCACUUUACAUCCAGGGCUGGUGAGGCUCAUUUUGACCUCUGCCUUCAGAGUAUGGAGUGAUGUCACACCUCUGCGUUUCCACCCUCCUCCAUAUGGCCCAUCACCACAGAUAGACAUCAAAAUCACCUUUGCCAGCAGCUACCAUGAGGAUGGAUAUCCUUUUGAUGGCAAGGGGGGCAAUCUGGCACAUGCAUUCUUCCCAGGAAAGGGAGAUCUUGCUGGUGACACACACUUUGAUGAUGGAGAAAGCUGGAGCUAUGGAGAUUGGAGCAGUGCCACAGAUUUAUUCACAGUCGCAGUUCAUGAGUUUGGUCAUGCUUUAGGCCUGUUUCACUCAUCCUCCAAUGACUCCAUCAUGAAUCCUUAUUAUCAUGGUCCUGUGGGAGACAUGCACAGUUACUCCUUAUCCCUUGAUGACAGACUGAGAAUACAGGCACUUUAUGGAAAAAGACAAGAUUUGAAACCUUCUCCAUCUGUUGUUGCACCCACAACUCAUCUGUCCCACUCCUCAACCCCAGCUCCUCCAAAUCCUCCCUAUCACCCACCAGCCUCUGCUGAUCGCUGUCAGGGAGGUUAUGAUGCAGUUGCUAAUAUCAGAGGAGAGGUUUUAUUCUUUAGAGGUCAACACUUUUGGAGGGUACAUCAUUCAGGCUCAUUAAUAUCCUUGACUCCAGCUCUGAUCCACAGCUUCUGGAUGGGUUUGCCUCCAGAAACAGCCAGAGUUGAUGCAGCAUAUGAGAGAAAAGAUGGACAUAUUCUCUUCUUUAUUGGUAAUCAGUACUGGGUAUUUAGAGACACAGUGUCCCUCCCUGGGUACCCACGACCACUUUCAGAAUGGGGUUUACGCACUUCUGCAGGAGGGCUUCCAGAGAGGGUGGAGGCAGUAUUUGUGUGGCCACACAAUGGGAAAACAUACUUGUUCAGUGGUGGAGAGUACUGGAGGUUUGAUGAGUUGGGAACAGAGAGGAAGCUGGCAGAAGGGUACCCUAAACCAGCGUCCAUCUGGGGGAUGCCCUCUCAUCCUGAUGAUAUCAUUGGAUUUGUAGAUGGAGACACUUACUUCUUCAAAGAAUCAAACUACUGGAUUUUAAAAAGAGGUGGUCUGGACCAGGAAUCUGCUUCCCCAAAGUCCAUUGCUAUUGACUGGAUGAAUUGUGAAGGUCACAUUUCAACUCACACACCUGAGAUUCCCAGAAGAGACAAAGAUUGUACUUGUGUGCAGAGUACAGCAGCUAUGAUAUGUGUUUUGUCAUAUUUUAUAUAUCCAGUUUUCACAGGUUGGAUUUUGGUUCUUGUAUAUUACUGAUUACAUUUAUAUUAUUUGUGUAGUAUUUACAAUUAUUUUUUAAUUUUGUGAUUUUGACUGUGAAGUAAGUGAAUAUGUAGGCUACUUGAUUUUUACCUAGCAACAAAUUUCUGCCAUCAUUUGGGAUAGGAAAGUGUCCAGUGGUUGCACACUUUCAGCAGAUGUUUCUUGAAUACUGUGUAUUCAGACCUCUUACUCAUGUGACAUACUGCUGUGUACAAACUAUAUAGCAUACAAUAUAGUACAGGUGCAUCUCAAUAAAUUAGAAUGUCGUGGAAAACUUCA